UCCCUGCUACUUUGGGUGAUCAGAGGAAGCAGGGCGGUCCCUCGGUCACAGCAUGGGUGGAGCGCACAGUGAGGAAAUGUCAGAGGAGAGCCGAGCAGCGUUCCCUGCGUUGUUCUCACCGGAUGAUCCGCCAGAUGAACUUUAUCACCAUGAACUCACCGAGAAACACCACACAGGAUCUGUUUAAAUGCACACGUUAGAAUCGAGCUGAAGAUGCAGGGGACCAUUGCACGGCUGUGUGUGGUGAUUGCUGCUGCCAUAUUAAACCAUCCCUUGCUCUUUCCUCAUGAAAACACCACGCUCCCGGAGCAGGAUGAGGAGUUGAUCGCUCGAAUGCGGGAGCACGAGGCGAGACUGGAAAUGGAGCAGGCCAAGUUGGAGAAAGAGCUUUCACAGCUGGGCUCCAAGCAGGAGGAAACCAGCUCGGAGGAAGGUUAUAGUUGGUACUUAUGGAGCACCGUGUCCUUCAUAAUAUUCUUCACUAUCGAGAUGUACAAGGUGGAUCUGGCUGAUGCAGAAAUCCGGCCAGUUGAGGAGGAAGAAGUUUUUUCAGAGAGUGGAUCCAUCAGCACCAAGAUGAUGGUACUGGAUAAGGACAUCCUGAGCAACUUCUGUGAUAAAUGCACCUACACUUCAGCACAUGAAAACUGGAGGGUGAGGGAGUUUGUCGAGGGUUUUGCGGAUGACUUGCUCGAGUCACUCAGGAGUGUAUGCAACCGGGACACAGACAUGGAAGUCGGGGACUUUGUUGGCAUCGGAAGCAUGUUUGAGUCUUGGAAGGUGUGCAAACCUCUCACGUGUGACCUCAUCGUGCCUUUCUCACCUCCAGAUCCACACUUCUUCCAAUACUACCUUUGGUGCAACUCCUCCAGUGACAUACCUCCUGAUAUGCAGGGCUGUGGCAAAAUAAAGGUAACCAGGUCUGGGGAGAAUGGGGAGGGCUGUCUCUGUGGCUCUGCUAAUCUCGGAGAGGACAUGCUUUGUCUAUUGCAUGGCAGGAAUGACACACAUACAGUCAGUCUCAGUCCUGAUGAAUUGCUGUGCUCCAGAGACACAAACUUCUUAGCGAAAGAUCAAGUCAUGAAGUGGUUUCAGAUCUCUGUAACCAAAGCGUGGGGACGCAUCUCCCACAAAUAUGACUUUGAGGUUACCUUUUGCAACUUGGAUGCUGCUGGCGCGCUGAAGAUCCGAUUCCCUUCAGGGAAAGUCAUCGUGAUGAACAUCGUCCCGGUGGUCCGACUCGAAGACACAGAUGCUUAUUUUGUCUCGCACUUUCCAUCAGAUUUUGACAGCUUCCCAGACCCAUACUGGCCCCUCUCUGUUGCUGUCUACGAGAGGAAUUUGCUGAAACAUUUCUCUAAACGCCUACCAAAACAUUCCUGUCAUUUACACUGCCUCCAGAUUGUGGCUUUCUUACACAGGAAACAGUCAGGGCUCACCGGAAAAAGUGCCCUUACUAACUACCACUUAAAGACUGCUUUGUUGCACUUGUUGCUGAAGAAAAAGCCCUCCGCAUGGAGCACAGAGAGUAUGCAGCACAGGGUUCAGGACUUGCUCGGCUUUGUGCAAAGGAGCCUGCAGGAGAAAAGACUUAACCACGUUAUGAUUGGGAACCGUAAAGUGCCAGAAGAGGUCCAAGUUCCUGAGAUGAUUCGUAGAGCAGAGCCCAUCAAUCUGUUCCGGACGCUGGUGCUGCACAGGGAGCUUUACGCAGCAACAGUCAAGCAUUUUCAGGAGAUGUUGAGAAAUGCACCGGUACUCAUACAGGAGUACACACCAUACAUAUCAAAUGGAGGCUUACAUCACAGCCUAGAUGAGCGUUUAUAAGCACUCAGUCUGAACUAUUUCAGACAGCUAUAUCAGACAUAUCAUUCAGAGAUGCUAUAAGUAAUGCUACCAACACAGCAGCUAUUUCAGCUGUGGCUGAUAUCGAGACUUGUGGUCUUGCUAUGGCUGCUUUUGUUAAAAAAAUUUUUUCUUUUAUUUUAAAUAUGGUCUACUGCUAACACAGAGGCUACAGGAAAAAAAGGUGAAAGUUUGAGUGGAAAAAUCCAACAAUAUUACUUAAAGGAGUUCAUUCAAUUUUUAACUUGCAAAUAAUAUAAACAACAACAAAAAAAAACCCCACAGUCAAGUGUGAAGAAGCACACACACUGACAGAAUAGAGCACGUCAAAAACUGUCUGCUUCUGUUUUGACAACACCUGUGUCAGGUGAACCGCAGUCUGUUUAGCAGCGUCACUGCUCCACCUAGUGGUGGCAGGGUUUUAUCACCCAAAGUUCAGUAGUCAAUAAUAGAAGGUGCAAGCUCAACAGUUAUUUCAGCUGUGGCUGAUUUGUAGACUUGUAGUGGUUUUACCGUAGCUGCUUUCUUUUAACCUUUUCUUGAGAAUAUAGCCUACUGCUAUCAGAUGCUAAGGGGAUGACCUCAGUAUUUCAGAGGAGAUAUCAGCUAUACAGACACUUUCACACAGGUGUCCCUCAACUCAUUAAAGAAGCAGCAAUAAGUAAUCUACAUAUAGGAUGAUACAUUUUAGAAGGAUAUUUUAACAGAAAUACCUCUCAUGUUAUAUCAGUCCACACAGCCAUAUUUAACCUUUAAGUGGACUGUUUGCUUUGUAUAACAGUGUUUAAUGUUUCAUUGUUACUGUUGCAGAUCUGAUGGCAGCUAUUAAGGAUUAUAAUGCUGUAUGUAUCUUUUAUGGCUUAUUAGAGUUUUUUUUUUCUUUUCAUUUUUUCUGUAUUUUUUUUUUUUUACUGUGUUGAUGUUGAAUCUUUGGUGCA